GCGUUCGGAGAAUGGUCCGCCUCUGUCACGUCGCUUAUUGUCGUGGCGUUGCUCGGCUUGCGUUGAUGGGACAGUGGUGUAUCGGGGGACAAUAGCAGGCUCUGAUUCCUGGGCUCGGGCUUGUUUUCGCGCAGAGACAGUGUCGUGUUCGGCUGAAAAUGCACAGAAGAGUGAUUGGAAAGGGUUGGGGAGGGCGGUGUCAUGAUGGAAGAACCAUCGUCUGUGUGAGUGGGGGAGCUGGGAAGGACGUCUAGAGACCCGCGAGUGGCUACCGACGGAGUACGAGGAGACAAAAGGCCGUCCGAGGGGGAGAGGGCCUGAGCGGGGGAUAAAGUGAGACGUGGGGGGGCAUGGUCAUCAGAGACGUCGAGCGAAAGGUCGGUAGUGACGAUGGCGGGGAUAUUAUGGUCGUCAGAGGGCAUGAUUGUAAAGAGCGCGAGCACUGCGAAAUGAACCUCCACAGUAGAGGUAGCCGGGUUGAUCAGCAUAGCCCCCCCCAGCCCAAAUCGGGCAACAAAGCUGUAUAUCCCCGAUCGGGACAAAUACGGCAUCACGACCUUUUGCAAGCGAGGAGGCACCAGUUGUACUUUUCUUCUCUACCACUACAACAUACAGGAGAAUCCGCCCUAUGCGCUGUCUGUGUCUCCAAUCUUGCAGAACAAGCAAUGGGCUUUUGAAUUGAGCGGAUGGGAGAGGGAACUGUGGAGCUCGAGCUGUCUGGACUAGGAGCACUUCUUCCGUUCCUAUUGCUCCUCAA